AUGGCGAUCAAAAAGGUCAUUGUGGUUGGAGCCGGCCCAUCGGGGCUAAUUCUCGGAAUUUUGCUAGCUAAGCAAGGCAUUGAGGUCGAAUUAUUCGAUUCUGGCGCCCAGCUAGACGAACAGCCUCGUGCAGCCCACUACGCGACCCCAGCAGCCUAUGAACUGGCACGCGCCGGUGUCCUUGAGGACGUUAAAGCUCGAGGUCUACACCCCAAGAACUUCGCCUGGAGGAAGAUCGAUACGACAUUUAUCGCCGGGAUUAAUCACGAUUCGUUACCGGAGGACUACCCUUACAAAAUGGUUGUGCUUCCUCUCGAUCGAUUGGGCAAACUGUUAUACGAGCACAUCCAGCGUCAACCCACUGCACAGGUCAAAUGGUCGCAUCGCGUGAUGAAAAUUGGCCAGGAUGAAGGCAAGGCUUGGGUCGAUGUGGAGACCCCAACUGGCCUGAAACGAUCCGAGGCGGACUAUGUCAUUGGAUGUGAUGGAGCAAGCAGUACGGUGCGGCGUGAGCUGUUUGGCCCUGAGUAUCCCGGCGAAACUCUGAACGCACAAAUAAUUGCUACAAAUGUUCGUGGCAUCAUCCACUGGCAUGCUUUCUCUGCGUCUUGA